AUGUCAGUUACACUUCAUCAACUCAGAUUAACUGGAUUAACAACAACUGAAGCUUCCCUCCUGAUCUGUAAACCUGUCUCACUGCCUCCACCUGUCUGUCUCUCAGAGGUUCUGAUGAACACAAAGUGGGAGACGUCAGACCUGCGCUGGACGACCUAUCCUGCUGAGGACCCGCAGUGGGACGAAGCGAGCGGAUUGGACGAUGAGAUGAACAGCGUGAGGACCUAUGUGAUCUGUACACCUGAGAGUCCGUCCUCCUAUUGGCUGAGGACUCGGUGGAUCCCGAGGAAGGCGGCGACGACGCUCUACGUGGAGAUCCGGUUCACCAUGACGGAGUGCGCCGGACAAAACCACCGUCACUGUAAGGAAACCUUUAACCUGUUCUACUACCAGUCUGACAGCGACGAGGCCACGCCCACUCACCCGUCCUGGAUGGAGAACCCGUACACCAAAGUGUCCACGGUGGCGGCGGACCACCUGCUGCCCACCACCUGCUGCAGGGAGAAACGCUCCAAUGUGAAGCUGAUGCGCCUGGAGCCUCUGAGGGGGGCGGGGCUUUACCUGGCCUUCCAGAGCCAGGGCACCUGCAUGGCCCUGCUGUCCGUACGCGUGUUCUACAGGAAGUGCCCCUCUCUCCGCCGCUCCUUCGCCUCCUUCCCUGAAACAGUCCCCCACUCGCUGGUGGAGCAGGCUCAGGGUGUGUGUGUGGAGAACGCCGUGACUCCGCCUGGCGAGCAGUCUCGGCCUCCCAGCAUGCUCUGCGGUGAGGACGGGCAGUGGGUCGGGCAGCCGUCAUCCAGCUGUGCGUGUCGCCCUGGGUACGAGGCGGGCGACAGUGACGUGCGAUGUCGAGCCUGUCCAUCGGGCCAGUUUAAGGCCGGGUCAGGACCUGGUGGGUGCAGCCCAUGUCCGGCCAAUAGCGACACUCGGAUCCCAGGUUCUGCCUACUGCCUGUGUCACCAUGGUUACCACCGAGCUGACUCUGACCCGCCGCACUCUGCCUGCACCCGUAAGACCGUUUUAUCAUUCUGUACUUUUGAAAAGAACCUUUUUACUCCACAGGUCGUUCAGACCAAGUCUGAAUUCAGGAGGUCCAUGAGUAAGGUUACCAUAAAGCGCGGUGGCGAGACAGAAUCCUGCCGACUGUCACUCAGAGGGGACGGACAGGAGCUCCACAGCUGAAACAGAACGCUGUAGCUUCACCUGAGGAGUGCUUUCCUUUCAUUUUAAAAAGAAAAGACCUUUGUGACAUCACUGUGACAUCAUCAGGGUUCCUGUGGUCUGCAGGUUCUGUUUCUCCAAGAAGUAUAAAUAUUGUUCUGAUAUAUCGCCCACAUCUUACUCUAUAUGAAC